UAUAUAUUUUUUUCCUGCAGGUUUCAUUCAGAGAAAAAAUCGAAUGAGUUCGGAUCCGGUGAUGAGCGUGGCGUAUUUGCGGCGCCGUUCGCAAGACGGGGAACUCGCGGAAAUCGCCUCCAGGCAGUCGGAAUACGGCGGCAGUGGCGGCGGCGGUGGUCCUUUAAAUAACACGAUGGAGGAAUCGGCGCCUUCGAGCAACAGCCUCCGCAUUUUCGGGGGUGGUUGUGAUGGUGUUGGGACGCCGUUGGGGACACGGUGUUGGAAUGCCGUCCGGAAACGCGUCCCGGUCUUGACCUGUCCGACGCGUUAUUCCCUCAAGGACUUUUGGGCCGACUUUUUGGCGGGGAUUCUCACUGGGAUUCCUUGCAUUCCGCAGGGCAUCAUUUACGCUGAGAUAGCGAACCUGCCCAUCCAGUAUGGAUUGUAUGCAGGCUUCAUAGGGCCAUUCAUUUAUGCCAUAUUUGGCACAGUGAAGGAAUUACAUGUGGGUCCAGUGGCAGCCAUUGCUGUGUUGAUUGCUGGUGUGACUGCAAAGGCCUCCCCUGCAUUUGCAGUGGUUUAUACUACUUUGCUGUGCCUUGCAUUUGGCAUCUUUUCUUUCCUAGUGGGUCUUCUGAAACUUGGUUGGAUGGUGGAGCUGGUGUCAGUUCCUGUCACUUCAGGCCUUGUUUCUGCAGCAGCAAUAAUUGUUAUGCUGUGCAACAUAAAAACUUUCCUGGGUUUCAACCAUUUCAGAGGACAGACACUCACUACUCUAUUGCCCAAGUUUUAUGAAAGCAUGGACAAGAUUGUUUAUGGAGACCUGAUUAUGGGUAUUGCUUCUGUGAUUGCAUUGCAUCUGAUGCAGGACUCCAUCAAGAUACAAUGGGGGAAAAUAACUCCCAACAAAUUCAUCUCCAAGACUUUAAGCAUUAUCUGUAAAACCAUUUCCUUGGGAAGGACCCCACUUCUGACAACCAUGUGUGGAUACACUGCCUAUUACCUCAAUGUGCACAGACCAGAGCAACUUAUCACAACAGCAAAGGCUGUUGAUAUUUUGGGCAUUCCAAAACCAAGCAUCCCAGCUUUUACUUGGCCUGCAAGGAAUGAAACAAUUGAUGGAAUCACCUCUGAGCAGCCACAGUUGGAUUUCCUGGGGAUCUUAACUUAUGGAGGAUCAACACCAUUGAUUGUGUUGAUUAUUUGCUUGGUGCAGCAAUCACUGAUCAGUAAAAAUUUCAGGAGAGCUGAGGGAGUGAAUGUGAACCAUGAGUUGAUGUCUUUGGGUGUGAUACAAGUGGCAUCUUCCUUUUUUGGCUCAAUGCCUGUGACUGGAGCUUUUAUUAGGAGUUCAGCAAUGGCUGCUCAAGGAGUUAGGACCAGAUUUGGUGUCAUUUGGGCUGGACUCAUGGUCUUGUUUGCUCUCCAUGUUCUUACACCAUAUGUGGAGUAUGACCCUAAGCCUUCUUUGGCUGCCAUUGUUUUCUGUGCUGUUUUCCAUUUGAUCCAGAGGGAUGAUAUCAUGAGGAUCUGGAAGACAAACAGGAUGGACAUGAUUCCCUUUGCAGCAACAUUUGUUACCAGUCUAUUGGCAGGACUGCAAGCAGGAUUUUGCACAGGAGUGGCAACCAAUAUUUUCAUGCUGUUAGUGGUUGCCUCAGACCCAGACAUUUGCAUUGAGAAUGACCCGCAUAGAAACGUGACCAUCAUCAAACCAGACCGAUCAAUGCACUACCCUGGAGCUGAAAAACUGCGGCGCGCCAUCUGCGACACUGCGCUGCUUGACCAUCCACCAGGUGUCGUUGCUGUCGACUGCUCCGCCCUGGUGGACAUGGACUACUCUACUGUGAAGCGACUCGGAUCUACGGUGUUGGGCCUCAAGAUGGCGCGCGGCACUCGCGUUGUUUUCAUCAACGUGAAGCCGAAAGUUGAACAGGCUCUUCAUGGAUUCACGGAUGGUGCAGUGGAAACGUAUCCUUAUGAUUUAGAAAAAUUGUUGAUGCAAUCUGGCAGUGUCGAUAAUUUGACAGUGAGCGGAAGCAUCGAAACCAUCGAUUCCGUCGUUGUUGCGAACUCAUCGACGGACGAAGAAGUGAUCAAUCUUCAGAAAGGAACUAAUAAUCCUGUUGACUGAAAGACUGGAGAAACUCGUUUUUCGUGGUGUCUAGUCCUACAGAGAUAUGGUUUCUUCUGGGAUGAUUAGCUUAUUUUUCACGGAUUUCCGCGUGGAUGGGCGAUGUUCGCAGCAGUGUCCUGUCGAAUUGCGUGUGAUUCAUGCGGAGUUUUUUGUCUUCAUUAUACAUGAGAUUUCCACAACGUCCUAUGUAUCGAUUGCGAGAGCCAAGAUGAAUAUUGUGGGAUUCCUUUGAUUAAGUUGAAUUGUC